AUGGAAAAGGUAGAGCUCAAAGGAAACCAAGCAGGCCCCCGGCAGGGGGCGGGGCCGGGGCGGGGCCGGGCAGGGAACGAGGAUGAGGCCAGACGGGCGGAGCGAGGCUGCACGCGUCAGGAACCGGCUCUGACCCUCGAGGCUGAGGCUGUGGAGCUCGCUGCAGCGAGCCCGCGUUCCCAGCACGACGGUGGUGAGGCAGCCCGCGGGUUCGGGGCAAUGGCGGCGCAAGGGUCUUCCGUGGAUCCGCCGCCGGGGUUCAGGCCCGUGAUCCUCAGCCCCGGGCCCCGUCCGCUCCUCCUCCUUUUUCUGCUGGGUGCUGGGCGCUGGGGGCCGACCGGCGCGGUGGGUGGCGCUCCAGGAGGAUUAUCAGAACCGUCCUCUAUUGCAAAACAUGAAGACAGAUUGUUUAAGGAUUUAUUUGAAGACUACGAAAGAUGGAUCCGUCCUGUGGAACACAUGAAUGACAAGAUAAAAAUAAAGUUUGGUCUUGCAAUAUCUCAACUAGUAGAUGUGGAUGAGAAAAAUCAGUUAAUGACAACAAAUGUCUGGUUGAAACAGGAGUGGAUAGAUGUCAAAUUAAGGUGGAGCCCCAUGGACUAUGGUGGGAUAAAAGUUAUCCGCGUCCCUUCAGACUCUCUCUGGACCCCAGACAUUGUCUUGUUUGAUAAUGCAGAUGGACGUUUCGAAGGGGCCAGUACGAAAACGGUUGUCAGGUACGAUGGCACUGUUACCUGGACUCCACCGGCAAACUACAAAAGCUCCUGUACCAUAGAUGUCACCUUUUUCCCAUUUGAUCUCCAAAACUGUUCCAUGAAAUUUGGUUCUUGGACUUAUGAUGGAUCCCAGGUGGAUUUAAUUUUAGAGGACCAAGAUGUAGACAAGAGAGACUUUUUUGAUAACGGAGAAUGGGAAAUUUUGAGUGCAACAGGAAGCAAAGGAAACAGAACUGAUAGCUGCUGCUGGUACCCAUACAUCACUUACUCAUUCGCCAUUAAGCGUCUGCCUCUCUUUUACACCUUGUUUCUUAUUAUACCCUGUAUCGGACUCUCCUUUCUAACGGUACUUGUCUUCUAUCUUCCUUCAAACGAAGGGGAAAAGAUUUGUCUUUGCACUUCGGUACUUGUCUCUUUGACUGUCUUCCUUCUGGUGAUAGAAGAGAUAAUACCUUCAUCUUCCAAAGUAAUACCUCUGAUUGGAGAGUACCUGGUGUUUACCAUGAUUUUUGUGACAUUAUCAAUUAUGGUAACAGUCUUCGCUAUCAACAUCCAUCACCGUUCUUCCUCAACACAUAAUGCAAUGGCACCUUGGGUCCGCAAGAUAUUUCUCCACAAGCUUCCCAAACUGCUUUGCAUGAGAAGUCAUGUAGAUAGGUACUGCACUCAGGAAGAGGAAACUGAGAGAGUUCGUGGACCGCAGUCUUCUAGAAACACACUGGAAGCUGCACUGGAUUCUAUUCGCUAUAUUACAAGACACGUCAUGAAAGAGAAUGAUGUUCGCGAGGUUGUGGAAGACUGGAAAUUCAUAGCCCAGGUUCUUGAUCGGAUGUUUUUGUGGACGUUCCUACUAGUUUCAAUUGUUGGAUCUCUUGGACUUUUUGUUCCUGUUAUUUAUAAAUGGGCAAAUAUAAUAGUACCCAUUCAUAUAGGAAAUGCAAAUCAAUGA